UUUUGGUAUUCCUUUCAUUGGUAAAUAGACCGCAGAAAUCUCUGCGUGAUCGCUUUCAUUUCAAGGCGCCAUCAUGGUAAUCAGUUGGGGUAUUUGCAGUGCUGGAAAAAUUAGCCAUGACUUUACGGUUGCAUUGAAGACCCUCCCGCCAGAAGACCACCAGGUGGUUGCUGUGGCGGCACGCAAUCUGAAGCGUGCAGAAGAAUUUGCCCAGAAGCACAGCAUCCCUAGAGUAUACGGCAGCUAUGAUGAACUGGCCAAAGACCCCGAGAUAGAUGUGGUAUAUGUGGGCACCAUCCAUCCCCAUCACCUUCCUGUGGGUGUCCUUCUCAUGAAUGCCAAGAAGAACAUUCUGUGUGAGAAGCCACUGGCUAUGAACCUGAGAGAGGUGCAGGAGCUGGUGGCUGUGGCAAAAAUGAAUGAUGUCUUCUUGAUGGAAGCUAUGUGGACGCGCUUCUUCCCCGCUUCGCUGGAGAUCUCGCGGCUGCUGGCACUCAACACGAUUGGCGAGGUGAAAAUGGUGCGAGCGGAAUUCGGCGUGCCCCUCCUCAACACCCCGCGCUCUGUGGAGAAGGAGUUGGGUGGCGGCGCGCUGCUGGACAUCGGCAUCUACUGUCUGCAGUUCGUCCUCAUGGUGUAUGACGGGGAGAAGCCUGAGUGCGUGCAGGCCAGUGGGGUCUGCCUGGACACGGGCGUGGAUGAGAGCAUGGUGAUCACGCUCAAGUUCUCGCAGGGCAGACUGGCUGUAUGCAUAUGCACAGUGGCUGCGGAGCUGCCAAAUGAUGCCAUCAUCAAUGGUACCAAGGGAACCAUCAGCGUCCCAGCUCACAUGUGGUGUCCCACGUCACUGAUAGUGAACGGAAAAGAGACGCAGUAUCCUGUGCCCGAGCCGUACCUACCUCUCAACUUCGUCAACAGCACUGGCAUGAGAUAUGAGGCAGAGGAAGUGAGGCAGUGUCUACUCCAAGACCUAAAGGAGAGCUCACGCAUGUCCCACGCCCACUCAGCACUGCUGGCUGAGAUUAUGGAUGAGGCCAGGAGACAGGUCGGGGUGGUCUACACUCAAGACCACCAGUGACUUGUUUACCUAAAAAGGUCAAUAAAACAAGUGUUGGAUAAAA